UGUUGCCUAAUAUAGUCUUUAAUAUUGUUCCGAAAUUAAUUAAGAAAAAUACAAACAAUCUUACUUGUGGAAGCUGUUUAACUCAAAUAAAUAUUCUCUUUCUGUUAUUUUUAUUAAAAUUAUCAACACAUACAAUCACGUGACUGACAUUAACUGUAUUAUACUAUAUAUAUUACACCGUGUUCACAAUCAACGGCCAGAAUUAAGAAACAACCGAUCGCAAACCGGAACAUGACGUCAUCUUCACCGUCUCCACAAGCCUCGAUGAUUUUGUACUGGCAUGAGAACCAAUACGACGACCGCAACUUCCAGAUUCAUGGCCGGACACUCUUCUUCGCCAUGGCUCUAUUUUCCGUUGUCAUCUUCUUCGCACUACUCACUCUCUACAUCCACCGGAACUGCCUCUCCCGGAAUUCUCUUAAUCUCCACGCACCCUCUUCUGAUCAACACACACGUUGUGCUGGCGGAGGGCUUGAUCCGGCGACGAUUCGGAGCUUGCCGGUGGUGCUUUGCAGGAGAGAAGCGGCGGAGGAGGAGGAGGAGGAGAAGGAGUGUUGUAUAUGUCUAGGUGGUUUUGAAGAAGGAGAGAAGAUGAAAGUGCUUCCUCCGUGUAGCCAUUGUUACCACUACGAAUGUGUGGAUAGGUGGCUUAACACCGAGUCGAGUUGUCCGCUCUGCCGAGUCAACAUCCGAGUCGACUCGUCAAGCUAAUGAGACAGCUAGAGUGAUAGUGAUUAAGAUAUUAAUUUGUUUGUUUUGUAAUUGGGUGGGUAAAGAUUUAUACAUACUUGUCUUGCAUGGACAUGGAUCGAGGAUAAUAUUUUAUACACACACGAAUGGUCAUGGUUUUUUCUUAAAAUUA